UGGCCUUAAGCGACCCACCCCCACCACCGUGGAGACUGUAUACAAGAUCGCGCACGUGUCCAUGCUGUCCACGAUCUCGUGACGGUCGCUCCGCGGGUAAAGCGAGUUUAUUUAAUCUCGCACUCAAAAAGGAAAGGAUAAUCGUUAAUUGAUAAGAGACCCGUCGUCACACUUGUUUAAGGAUGUCCGAGGAGAUAAGGGAGGAGCCGAUGGAGGGUGUCGCGAGCGAGGACGAGAGCAGCGACGAGUCCAUGGAAGAGGAGGACGCGAACGAGAGCCGCGAGGAGGCCGCGUCGAGGGUAUACCUUCCGGGACAGGCUCUGCAAGUGGGCGAGGAGCUCGCCGUGGACAAGUCGGCGUACAGACUGUUGCACUACGCGCAAUCCGGAGCGCCGUGCCUCACCUUCGACGUGAUACCGGACGACCUGGGCGGCACCCGAGAGAGUUACCCUCUAAGCAUGUACAUAGUUGCCGGGACGCAGGCCGCGAAGGCGCACGUCAACAAGCUGCUCGUCAUGAAGAUGUCCAAUUUGCACGGUAGCGAGCAGCGCUCCGAGGAUUCGGACAGCGAAUCGAGCGACUCGGAGGACGAGAGCGACGAGCGUAAGCCGGUGAUGAGCGUCGCUCCUAUAAGACACCACGGGUGUAUUAACAGGUUGAGAUGCACGAAGCUGAAUGGGGCAAUGCUAGCCGCCAGCUGGAGCGAACUGGGACGUGUAAAUAUCUGGAACUUGCAGGAGCAGCUGAACGCGGUCGAGAUCCCCAGCCUGCUGGCCACGUAUCGUAAUAAGUAUGACAAGAAUGCGGACAUUAAACCGAUUUACACGUUUAAAGGGCAUCUAUCCGAAGGAUUCGGCCUCGAUUGGAGCCGCACGGAGCCGGGCACUCUAGCGUCCGGCGACUGCAAGGGUAACAUUCACAUAUGGCGCAUCGACAGCAGCGGCACGUCCUGGUAUGUGGACCAGAGGCCGUACAAUUCUCACGCCCUGCACAGCGUCGAGGAUUUGCAGUGGUCGCCGAAUGAAAAGAACGUUCUGGCGUCGUGUUCCGUGGACAAAAGCAUAAGGAUCUGGGAUAUGCGAGCGAGUGCACAGAACGCGUGCAUGCUGACGGUGCAUGACGCACACACGGCCGAUGUCAACGUUAUCUCGUGGAACCCGACGGAGAGCCAGUUUAUGGUAUCGGGCGGCGACGACGGGCUGCUCCACGUAUGGGAUCUGCGACGGUUCGGAGCUGACGGCGCGAGCCCGCUCGCUACUUUCAAGCAACACACCGCGCCGGUCACCACCGUGGAGUGGCAUCCCACGGAGUCCACGGUGUUCGCUUCUGGCGGUGCCGACGACCAGAUCGCUCAGUGGGAUCUGUCGGUGGAGGCAGACGAGGCGGAGCAACCUCAGGACAGCGUGUUGGCCAAGUUGCCGCCGCAGUUGCUGUUCAUACAUCAGGGUCAGUCGGACAUCAAAGAGUUGCACUGGCACCCGCAAUGCCCAGGGACUAUAGUAUCGACCGCGCAUUCAGGAUUUAACGUAUUCCGCACGAUCAGUGUAUAACAGAGCAUCAGACUUUCUAGGAUAAUAUAAAGUACUACAUUUAAGAGGCUGUAUGAAGGACGAAGCUUACGCAAAAUAUAUCUACAAAAUCUCGUUUCUC